AUGGGUAGGGUGCCCUCUGAAUGCAGAUUCAAUAUCAAUGUACGCACCUGCGACAAAACACGACGCUACUACUCUGUCAAGGAUUUCUACGCUGCGUAUGCCACGGGCUGGGAGCCUCUGAAUGAAGAACAAAGACACGCUCUCACCCUCGCGCUAGACGAGGCAAACGUCUAUAGGAACGGGCGAUGGGUCGCGCUCCCGGACCCGAAGCCGAAGGUGUUAGAAGAUGUGCACUUCAAUCCGCUAGAGAAGGUAUUCUCCGAGGUGGUCAUGUUGGCAGAGAAGACCCUUCCCGAUCGCUUCAAGCUCGAGAACCGAACGACCAACUUUCGAUGUCGCGCACGGCUUACCACCAGCUCUGAUGCCGACGCGGACGUCCCGAGCGCGUCACAUAAAGUCGACGCUGUCAACACGCGCAUCGAAGCGUCCGACCCGAAAGGCGCAAGCAGUCGCUGGGGAAGCGCGCAUAACUCCUACAUCAGGAUCCGGCAAACUGGCGAACUUGUGCUCACCGCGGACGCCCUGGUCACAGGCGAGUUCAAGCCAGACGACACGCCGGGAGAUCAAUUCGAUAAUAUCAAAAAACAAUACGCGCACGCUGGGCAUGCAUUCUACAACGACGUCGGGCGCAUCGCGGUGUUCUCCUUCACAAUCGAGAAGACCCGAAUGCGUAUCUGGUGCCAUACGCACGCUCGCACGGGGCUCACUGAGGCUUUCGAUAUACACACGAACUUCCUUGACCUUGUCGAGUUCAUCCUCUUCAGCACCUACGCCCCGCUAUCCGUGCUCGGUGUCGACACCACUGUUCGCAGAGUCGCAGAUUCGAACAAUAAUCUUCAGUACCAAUUCGACUGCUAUGACCCGCAGACGAACGUCCGGACGACGUACGAGACCACAAGAUGCCUCGACGAAGCCUUCGCCAUGGAGCUCUACUCUCGUUCCACGCGUGUCUACGAGGUUCAUCAGGUUCUUGGCGAUCCUCAAGCCAACGAGCGGACGCUUGCCAAAGAGCCUCACGUGCUGCGUGACUACUACGACCGCGCCGAUGUCAAAGAAAAGAAUCCGGAGCGUUUCAUCCAAGACGGCAUCAAACGAAAACUCGAGAGCAAAGGCGUCUGGGCGGAGGCUGCUCCCCACUUCAUGCGCAUCAAGGAGGACGGCGUCGUCCGGAUCCCUGCCUCGGCCGAUACUACUGUGCCCGCUCCCGCUCUGCACGAGAAACAGCACAUGCGCACCGUCUACGAACAGCUAUGCAUCGACCUCUAUAAGGUCAACGAUCCCAAGCUCUUCUUCUAUGCGAUGAGCCAGGUCCCCAAAAUCCUGCGAUACAUGAAGCUCGCGGGCCAUGUUCAUCGGGACGUGAGCCCCGGUAACUUCCUCCUGCACUAUCUCAAGAACAACGGUGCCCUCCCCGACCCCGCUUCGAUCUCCCAAACCGCCCGCGAGGACUGGGUGACGAUCAUCUCCGAUCUGGAAUUCGCACGGCCUUACCUAGAUGCCCCUAAGGACGAUCAGAACCCGGGUACCCCGUUCUACGCUGCUGUCGAAGUGUAUUAUCAGAGAUACAGUUUCCUCCCAGAGUAUGAAUUCGAACCUCGCUUGAUCAUCACCGACAAUCCUGACUCCUCCGAUGACGACGAAAGGCCGGUUAUCCCACCACCCCCUCACUUUGCGUACAACUUCUAUCACGACGCCGAAGCGGCCUUGUGGAUGGCACUGGACUUCGUCUGCCGAAGGAUCUCCUCGAAGAGACGAGCCCUGAUCACUUCCGGAAAGCUCACAGCGCGAGACUUCCUCUGGGACUAUGCCGCGACGAUCUUCUCCUACGAUUCCACAGGCCGCUACGAACUGAUGGGCAAGAAUGGCGCCGAGACUUACCGGUUGCACAACGUUCUGAAGGAAGUGUACGGCACGGACUGUCCCGUCAAGCAGCUAGCGGGCCUCGUCAAUAAGCUUGCACGUGCAUAUACUACUCUGGAAGCCACCAACCCAUCGGAUCCCUCGAUUCAAUUUAAGAGCGGGCAUGCGGCAUACGACCCCAAGCUCUUCACUGACGAGCUCUACGACGCUAUGGAAACUGUCUUCCUGACUAUCAGCGACUACUAUGCGGAACCUGCCAACGCAGAUAUCUUCGUGUCCAUCUAUGACCCUCUCGAUUCGGAUCCGACGGCGCAGGUGGCGCCGCGGCCGCUGCCUUCCGAUCACUUCCACUGCGAUCUCAACCACGACGGAGAUUAUCACACAGUAGAAGCGGGUGCCGGGAACUACAGUGACGAUGAGACUGGUGCUGAUGAUGUCUCGGGUGCUCACAGCCCUCACAACGGUACGGCGGCGUUAAAGACCACCAGCGAGGACGCCAAAACGACGACCGACGCGGCUACCGCGGCUGGAAGCGGCACUUCAGGCUCCUCAGCCGCCGCUUGCGAUAUAGCUUCUGAGAAGAAGAGGAAGCGCGGCGACGACGCGUCCACCGAACCUCAAGCUCCUGCGCGCAAGGUCAGGCGCACGCGUAUCAAGGGAGCGGAACCGACGCGUCGAUCUAAACGGAUAGCGGCUUUGCUGCAGUCUCAGCAGGUUGCGACACAGAAUCAGCCUGCUGGAAGGGCGGCUCGUCGAAAGCGAGGGGUACAGCCUACCGAGACUCGGACGCGAGCUCUUCGACCUAGAAAAGCGCGUGGAACAGGUUCGCAGUAA